AUGGGUGACCAGCCGUUCUGGGGUGUCAUCUGGCUGGCGGGGAAUCGCCUGAGGACUCUCCCUCGGGCGAGCAGCGGGCGGGCGGGCGGGCCACUGCGGGCGACGCCUCCGCGAAGGCGGGCCGCCACCCGCUCGCUCUUCCCGUCAGAGGCGGCCCGCAGUCGAGCCCGGGGGAUGGGACGGGGAAGGAGCGCCAUGGCGGCGCUGCUGCCGGGACUCUUGCUGGGCGCCCUCCUUGGCGCCGCCGCAGCGGCCCUGCUGGAUCUGCCUUGCCCAUCGAACUUCACUUGUACUCUUAAUGUAAGGCACUGCGAGUUGAAUGUGACGUGGAAACCUAUAGAAACAGAGGAUAACUGCGUGCCAAAGUAUGAGAGUGAUAUAAGCACUGGUGUAGAGCCGAUCAAAUAUGAAUCUAAUGAGAAACCUUCCCGGACAGUGCUGGUACCUCUGGGUAAAAAAGUAAUUUUCAGAGCCAGAAAUUCAUGUUCAUCCAAUGGAGAGUGGAUUUAUAUCUCUCUUCCACAAAAUGGUAUUGUAGGUACAGGAGCCACUAAUAUCAGCUGUAUUUGGCAUAAUCUUCAGAACGUGGUGUGCACGUGGCAGCGUGGGAAGAAUGCAAGUCAGAACACAGCCUACAACUUGACUGCCUGGUACCAGAGAAAAGAAGAAGUGGUGUGCACAAACUACACUAAAGAAGACGAUACCUUUCGAUGCGCUUUUGACUUGAAAGCAGAUUGGCCUGGAACGCUCAGCAUCUCCAUCCAAGGCAGUUCCAGCAACAUUCAGCCUGUGUGCGUAUGUAAUGAAAAGCGAGAACUGUACGAGUUUCCAAUAAAACUUGAUCCUCCAUCAAUUGUAAAUAUCACAAAGAGCAACAACGGAGUUAAGCUACAAUGGACUCCUUCAAUAUUUAAGAGCAUAUGCUAUGCAGUAAACAUUAGUAAUGAUGAAUUUAACAGAACAGAAAUUUACAGGACCGUUACUGAAGCAUCAAUCCCUCUCCAGCCCAAAUUACGUCACACUUUCCGGGUGAAAGCCAUUUUCUUUUCCUUGUCUGGCAACUGUACAGAAGGACUGUGGAGUGAUUGGAGCAAAGCCGUAGAGUGGGGUGAGGAGAAUCUCUACGACAAUAGUAUGUUUUCAGUUCUUCUAUACAUUCUCAUUCCGUUAUGUGUAGCAAUCCUGACUAUCAUUGUUCUCAUUUACCUGAAGAGAAUUAAACUGUUGAUUCUUCCUACAAUCCCUGAGCCUGGAAAGUUUGUGAAACAAUUGUUUGAAGAGCAUAGUGAAGAUCUUCAAAAACCUCCCCCAGAAGACCCAAUCAAGGAUGAGCAAACCCAUUUGUUGGUAUUCGUACAGACUUCUGGUAAUGAGAACUGAGGAAGCCAGGUGGCUGCCUUUACAUCAAAUGACUUUUGAAUGUAAAUCAAAUACUUUUGGCACAGGGACUGGUGCUCCUAGCUGCUAAGGAUAAUCUCUUGGCAAUGCCCAGUUGUGUACAGCAUUCCUUCCCAGGCAUCUCUUGGCUAAUCUGUUAUAGACCACUUAGAGACUUUUAAAAAUAUUCAGUGUUUUAUAAAUGCUCUAGAAAAAUAAUACAAAAGCAUCUUGUUGGAUGCAGCAGGCAACAGAAAUCAAAUGGCCUGCCUCACCUGACUGUAUCAUCAAACAAAAAAUGUGGACAUCAAUCCCUGUAUUGGCUUUUGUGAAGCAGCAUUUGCUCUGGAGGACUCCCUGUUUUCAUCAGGGUCCCCCCCCCCCGAACAGCAGGAAUAUUCACAAGAGAUCUAGCAAGGCUUGUAUUUUUAUCUAGUCAAACUUUGUUAUAGUAAGCUUUUGCAAGUUAAAGUCAAGGUAAUAAUUGCAGUCACACAUUUGAAGUAUAUAGAAAACUCUGUUAUGUCCUUUGAUGCCAUUUUCACACCUUUAUUCACUCACUUGGAUGACUAAAAAUAAGUGUUUCCACUAUGGAAAAGAAAGUUUAGCACAGUACAUUUUCAUGACCGAGGAAUGGAUUUUUUUCUGAAGCUUUCUGGCUAACCUGGGAACAGACUCAACUGAGCAUAAAUGGAGGAUAAGGCCAGCAAUGUCUACUAGCCACGAUGCCUAGCUCUCUCUCGGAUAGAAAAAUGGCGAACACAGAACGCAAGAGACAGUAGUCAUAGCCUCUGUUUCUUUGUGAGGCUGUUAGAAGCUGAACCUUUGCUCGCCCGGUCUUCAUGAGGUUUACUGGGCAACCCGUCAAACUGAAACAAAACGAAAAGCAGUAAGAAAGGGAGUGGAAGACUCGGCUGCUGUUUCGGGAUUUCUUUGAACAAUUGACAAGAGAGAGAUAGCGAGCAAGUGUUGGUGUGAACUCUGCCUGCGCUGCUUCCCCACUUGUUUCUUGUUGCUUCUUCCCUACUGGGAAGAAAGGACUAUAUUUAAUACAGUGGUUGUAGUUGCAGUUUAGGCUCUGUCUGCAGAAUAAUUCCUGCAUACUUUUGGAGCUGUACCGAUGGAAACCCUGCCUGCUUACUGGGUAUCAACUUCAUCCACCUGGGACUGCAAGGGAAGGAGACCAGCUGCUGGCUACAAACUUGCCAGAAGGCUAAGGCAGUUGAGACAAGGAGCUGCAACCGGUGGAGCAUGCUGCCUGCUUGUUGAAUAUCAACGCCAUCGACUUGGUCCACCUGGGACUGCAAGGGGCAACUGUCGUCGUUCGGUGCCUUCUGGCUAGACCAGUGUCAGCUUUUACUUUGGGUUUCUUUUACCUUUUUUAGAUUUCUACCCUUUCCUUUAUUUUUUACAGAUUAAAUUUGUUUACUUUG